AUGGCCCUACCGUGGAUCUACCCCGUCCGAAUCGUGCAAGCACUCUUUGGCGUGAUCGUGAUUGGCUUGACAGGAUAUGUGGUGUCAACAUACUAUUGGGCAUGGUCAUACUCGGACACGGUCAACUUUCUUCUCUUCCUCGGUUGUUGGACUGCCUUUGUAGCAGUGCCCUACCUCGCCAUCUCACCCAUAUGGUUCCCUCGUCUUGCACACCACUAUGUGAUGCCUGCUGUUGAAGUGAUUACCAUGAUAUUCUGGUUUGCCGGGUUUAUCGCUAUGGGCGCGAUGUUGCCCCCGCCAAGGGCGUGUCAUGGCAGUGUAUGCAGCUCGCUCCAGGCAGCAACGGUAUUUGCAGCUCUUGAAUGGGUGUUUUUCGCAGUCACCAGCUAUUUCAGUAUUGUCGAUCUGAUGAAUCACCGCCGUGGUGGGGAACCGAAACCCCAUUCGAAUGUGCAUAUGGGGGUUUGA